AAUAGAGUAAUGGCAGGGAAGAAGAAGGUUGUCAACAAGAGAAUAGAUGAGGAUGAGGAUGAUGAUGGAUCGCAAGGUGAUGACUUGGAAAUAGAGGAUGAUGACUUUGCAGAUGACGAUGAUGAUGAUGACGAGUUGCAAGAUGAUGGUGAUCAGGACGAUAUAUUACAGGAUGAUGAUCAAGAUGUUGAUAUGGAGGGUGAUGGUGAUGUCGACGAUGAUGACGAUGACAAUGACAAUGACGAGGACGACAAGAAACUGACAUCCCGACAACGCGGAAUGAAUCGAAAGGGAAACAAUCAUGCAUCACUCGCACCCAUACCAGACAUGUUUGGCAAAGUCGAGGCCAAGAAGGAGAUGUCAGAGGAGCAGAUGCAGAAGAAACAAGAGCUAGCGCAACAGAGGAGGAUUAAGAAGAUAUCAGAGACAGAGGCUGAGAUGCGUGAUGUUGUCAACUCGUUACUCAACAGGAAAGAGAAGGUUGAGGACGAUUCAGUAGUUGAGACAAUGGACUUCACUUCAAAGAAGACGACAGAGUAUCCCAAACCAAUCAAGUGCUCAGCGCCAGGCUGUAGCAACAACAAGCGAUACAAUUGUACAAAGAACAAUAUGCCAGUGUGCACAAUGGAGUGUUGGAGCAAGGUGGCCAAU